CCAUACACUUUUAAAAGUUAUGCACACUGACACAACCAAAAGCUAAACGCGUUUCAAUUGGUUAAAAGUUCUCCAUAAAUUAUCACCAUUCACUUUGCAUCAUCAACAACAACAAUCAUGAUUCUUAAACUAUAUUUCAGGAUCAUCAAUCUGUAGAUUCACUGGAUUCCACAAUCUGGACUAGAAUCAACGAAAUCUGUGUAAAAAUAUGGGGAAAACAGGAAGAGAGUGGACUCAGAUCUACGCAAUUUACGGCAUGGACGAUUAUCAAACACCGAUCUUCCUGUUAAUUCAUGCGAUCAUCUUCUCAUUAUCUUCGGUUCUGUUUCUCGUCUACUUCGAUUCGAUAUGCUCCUCGUUCGAGCCGAUUCUCCCGUCCACCGGCUUCGCUAGAUUCGCAGCUGGAUUCACCGGCUCCGUCACCGCUCUUUCAGGCGUAUGCCUCUUCUACGCCGCGGGCAACAUGUUCUACUCCUCCGUAGCGCUCCGCUGGGAAAUGGCUCAGCGCAUGGUUGCCACAGUAAACGAUUGGUCAACGGUUAAAACCGCCCUCGACGUAGGAUGUGGCCGCGGCAUCCUCCUUAACACGGUCGCAAUGCAGUUAAAAAAAGAAGGAAGCUCUGGCCGAGUCGUUGGAUUAGAUCGGAAAAACACGACGUUGGCUGUUCUUCGAACAGCCGGUAUGGAAGGCGUGGAGGAGUACGUCACGUGCCGCGAAGGUGACGCGCGGCGGCUGCCAUUCCCGGACGAUUACUUUGACGUGGUGGUAUCGGCGGGGUUCGUGCACACGGUAGGGAGGGAAUUCGGCCAAAAAGCUGUCGCGGCGGAGGCAGAACGGAUGAGAGUGAUCGGAGAGGUUGUCAGGGUUUUGAAAGGGGGUGGCGUUGGAGUGGUGUGGGACCUAAUGCACGUGCAAGAGUACGUGCAACGGUUACAUGAAUUGAAAAUGGAAGAUGUGAGGGUUUCUGAGCGUGUAAUAGCUUACAUGGUAAGCAGUAAUAUUGUGUCGUUUCGGAAGCCACGUAAGCAUGUUGUGGGUCCAAGUGAAGUUAGAUUAGAUUGGAGGAGAUUUAACAAUAUAUCUGAAGGGGUAUGGUCCCAAAACGACCAUUACCCGCAUCAA